UUAUGGUUCGUUACAGUUAACCACACACAUGCAGUUAAGCCGUUAGGGCAAACAAAAAGUAUAAAACAAUAAAUUAAAAUUUAGCAAUUUUUAAUUUUAAAAUUUUAUAAUAUUCCACAUCAAAGUACUCCCAAACGAAUCUUACAUACUCGCCUCCUGGCCUACCAUAACGCUCUUGCACUUAGAACUUCAGAAGGGGUUUGUAUGCAGUAUUUCAGUUACUGUGCAAAAGACAAGGCUUAUUCGACUAUUAGACCUAGUCACUCAUAGUACUUACACAUUGACAUACGUAUGUAUUUUUGUUCUACAAUUAUUCAACGUCAACGUUCAUAUCUGUUCGAGUGAAGCCCAGAAUAUACUUAACCCGAAGCUUUAAACGAUUUGAGCCUUUACAACUUUGCAGGCGAAAGUAGUGAAAGAGUUAAGUGCAGAAAUUACCCAUUUAACAUUUACGCAUUUGUUAACGUUACAGCACACAUUUACUUUCACACACAUAAUGAGAGAUAGAAAACCUAGAAUGGAGCAGUAGACAGAGAAGAAACCUUACUAAGUGCUGACGACUUCUGUAAAUACACAUGUUCCUGACUGCAUACGGAUGUAGUGAACUGCCACGUAAUUUAUACGGUAUUUUUGAAAACGAAUCGGAAGGUAACGUUUGCUGGCGUACGACAAACACGUAUGUACAUAGAUUAAAUACUGAGAAGUCCCUUAAUCGGAGACACGAAUGAUAAAAAACAAGAGAGAGUGGUUGUAUGAAGAAGUGGGACGCAUUUCAGUUAUGCCGGUUUAACUCAAAAUAUUAGAUUACCUUAAGUUAAAGCAUUUGCCUCAAAGGCUUUGUUGGAAAGGUGAUAUCUUCGCUAUUCAAAUGCAUUCACGAAUGAUUGUGCAAGCCCAUACGACAACGAGUUUUUACUUAGCAAAGUUAAUGCAUUUCAUGUACCCAUGUUGUUGUUAUUGCAAUUACGCCAUAAUACCUCUAAUUCGUCAGCAUUGCUUUUUCAAACGGGCGUAGAGAGUGUGUACGAACAUGGUACUUAAACUUUGGAUCACAUAAAGAAGUCUGUCCCCAUUUCUAUGCUGAAGGAAUAAAUCUAAGAAGGCCAGUUUUUUGAAGCGAUGAUGACUGUUUUUUUUUCACUUUGGCUUGUUUCUUCGCCUGUUCUCUCGUUCUUCGUUCCCAUUAGUCACACUUUAAGUUUAUGCUAUUUGUUAGUCUUAGUUAAUUUGAAUUACAACAGAACCGUUGGUGAUUCUGGGAGUGUGCGACUCAUAUAUCAGUGUGCACUGUUUUCACCUUUGCCUCUUGCUUGGUCGAUUGCGAAUCUUCUAACGCUUUGGUUGAACACACCAGUAUGUGCACGGCACAGAUGUGUUUGUGCAGGUGACAUGUCAAAGGUCAUGGCUGCCAACGGCUAGUAGUUCUGUUGUUAGCUCCGCUUGAUGCUUCUCUCCUCUGUAAAAAUACACCUGCAUUUUAUGUUGUUUUUGUUUGUGUCGAAAAUUAACUGAAUUAGCAGCUUCUCUGAUUCAUCGUAAACACCAUCAAAACUACUACGUCAGUAUGGUAACGGCACCAAGAGCGCUAAAAAGUAGUACAAAUCUAUGAAGAAGCAAGCAGAGGUUUCCUUCUUUGUACCUUUUUAUAAUCUUGUGUACAUAAUAUGUCUGGUUGUAUAAUUUAAUAUGAAACUCUUUGACAACUCGAUUUAAUAACUUGACUAACAUUUUAACAAAAUAUUUAUUCUGUCAUGUUUAUCUUCGACGCCCGAAUUUCUCUUAUAUCCAUAGUAGCAAGCCGAUAUGCCGCUCACUUGUGCUGCUGUAGCAGCCCGAUCAUAAUUGCUAAGGCACACAGCGUCGUUCACAGGUCGGCGUUCGGCGGCUUGACAUCUCAAUUUGCUGCAGGUCGGUUCCAAGUGAGGUUAUCACUACGCGGAGAAGUUAGUGUAUCCAAAAUUUCUAACAAUUAAUAUGCAUUUUGUUAUUUAUUUCGUUGGAAUCGCGCUUUUGAAUGCUGAAUUGUUCUCCGCCAAAUUGAGUCCAAUACAGAGCGGCGCAAAUCUGACUGAGUUCACGAACUUACGCCGUCAAAAGCGCACUUUAAUAUUCGAAGGAAGCGGACUAGUCAAGAUAGACGCCGGCGCAAUAGCUACUGUAAAUGUGGAUGACCCUAUCGCUUGGCGUUCGAUAGUUUCUAUAAAUAAUAUUCAAGGUGGCUUCUAUCCUUUACCCGCGGUGCCCACCUAUCCAUGGGAUAAAUGGGAGGAUACUUUUGCGCGUUCCAUGAAACACUUCCAAAAGCUGGCCGAUUUCGAGACAGAUGAUUCUCGCUUAUUUAUCUACACUUUAUUGGAAGUCCUGAUGGAGCGUCAGCAUGGUAAUGGGCAUCAAUGCUUGCUGCGUUCGAUUUGCCAAAAUGCACAAGUAGACGAACAUGUCGGCAUGUUUUCCGAGAUAAUGGAUGUGGUUUUAAGACCUGGAAAGGAAAGUAUCGCUGUUGCUUACACGGACGCCUUUGUGGCUGGUAAAGCGGACGCCGACUGCAUGCGUUUAUACUCCGAAUGCCGAGUGCCUUCGAAUUUUUUGGAUCAGUACUUGGACUACGUUUAAAAACGAUCGCAUGCCAUACAGAUUAUUACUCUCACUUUAAAUUUAUUGCAAUUU